AUGGCGGCGCCGUGCCGGACGCGCACGCUGCAGGUGCUGGACACGGAGCUCAGCGCCGACGCCGUGGAGUGGUGCCCCGUGGAGGGCUGGCACAGCAUCCUGGCCUGCGGCACCUACCAGCUGCGCCCGCCCGCCGCGACCAAGCCCAGUGGAGGCGACGGGGCCUGUGACCGCACGGGGCGGCUCUACCUGUACCACUACAACGAGGAGCAGCCUUGCAUCCCGCUGACGGAGAUCCAGAGGAUUGACACCCCUGCCAUCCUCGACAUCAAAUGGUGCCACCUUCCCAUUGCAGAACACCCCAUGGUUGGUGUUGCGGACUCGACGGGUGCUGUGCAGUUCCUGCAGCUCACGGGCAGUGAGAAGAAGAGCUGCGUGUUGGAGCCGUGCUUCAGGGUCGAUGUAGGCGCCCAGCGCCUGGUCUUGUCCUUAGACUGGUCCACGGGACGAGAGCAGUGUGGACGUCCUCUGAGAGUGAUCAGCAGUGAUUCAGGAGGGAAGCUGAAUCUGUUCUCCAUCGAUGAAUCUGCUCCCUCUGUGCAUGUCCUGAGCCAGUGGGAGGCUCACAGCUUUGAGGCCUGGAUUGCAGCUUUCAAUUACUGGGACACAGACAUCGUAUAUUCAGGGGGAGAUGACAGCCUGCUCAAGGGCUGGGACACCAGGUGCAGUCCUGAGUCGCCCGUCUUCACCAGCAGGAGACAUUCAAUGGGUGUGUGCAGCAUUCAGUGCAGUCCCCACCGGGAGAAUCUGCUGGCUACAGGCAGCUACGACGAGCACGUGCUGCUGUGGGACACCAGGAACAUGAAGCAGCCGUUGGCAGACACCCAUGUCGAGGGUGGAGUCUGGAGGCUGAAGUGGCACCCGACCCGCGAGUUUGUGCUGCUGGCAGCCUGCAUGCAGAGUGGAUUCAAAAUCCUUGACUGCCGGGGAAGCAUGGCGGAAAACACGGAGGAAUGUGUCAUCCUGACAUCCUACGUCCUGCACAACUCCCUGGCCUACGGAGCUGACUGGUCGAGGCUCUGCCCGCGGGAUUCCCUGGCUGCGCUGCAGGACGUGGCUGCUGCGGCCCGGCCUGCCCGGGAGCUGCUGCCAAGGCCGGAGGAAGGAGACGAGAGACUGAAUGUGCACAUCCAAAACCUGAAGAUAAUUUAUGAGUCUCCCACCGCUACUUUUGAUGUGGUAUUGGAUGAGGAGAGCGAAGACCCUGCCUCGCCACUGAGAGCAGGGGGAGGCCCUGACCCGGGGCAGGGCGCUGUGUCGCCUGGGGAUCCGGACCCGACGCGGGGCCUGGGUGCAAAGAGGAGCCCAGACGUGGCUGGGGGCUCCCUGGAGGGAGGUCCCGCCUCACCAGCUGCUUCGGGCUACCGGGUUACAAAAACCAACGGAGCGGGCUUGGACAGAGGCGGGGACUUAGCCGCGCCGUUAGACGGGUCAAAAGAAAUGAGCAUUGUAGCAACUUGCUCAUUCUAUGAUAAUAUCCUGCAUGUCUGGAAGUGGGAGAUGAGCCUGGUUCCCCCUUCAGAGCCGUCAAGUACUAGAGCUCAGUCAGGGAACGCAGUUUCACUUUAGCCCCUUCACAGGUUGGCCCUGACAGUCCCCCUGGGAAGGGAUAUGAAAGUUCCUCCACUGAGAGCAACAGCUAUAGCUUAUGUCCCGUCCCAUUUCCUUAGGGAUUUUUGCAGGUGUUACUGCUGAGUUUGUGAGUCCUUAAGGGCUGAUCCAGUUGGAAUUUCAUGGUGUUUUAUUUUCAGCACUGAGAGAAGCCUUUCCUGAGGAGCAUGGUCAAGCACCGACAUGAUUCCCUAGCUUCCCUGAAGGUACCGGUGUGAACUAGGGCAGGAUGUUCCUCUCGGAGGCUCCUUGUUUGUACAUAGCCCUUGAAUCCCUUCAGGGCUGAUUUGCAUUUGUACAGUUGAUCUACUAAGCUUGUUUUCCUCCUUCCAAAUCAAGCCAAACAAAACCUGCCGGCAACACUACAUAGAGACAAAUCUGCAAUCAGAUUUUCCUGAUUUUUUUUUUCCUCAAGGAAGUUUAGACGUGUAUGUAGCUCGCUGUGCAAUCUGCAAGCUAGUGUGCACUUUGAGAAGAUGUCUGUCGAGGACAGUCGAUGAUAGAUGUCGGUCGAGGACAGUCAAGAUGCUGACAGUGGAAUUUGCUUGUAGUGAUCUUUAGUAGAGAGAAAUCCUUUUUUUUAAGAAGGAAAUCCCAACUGACAGAAACGAGAGACUGCAGUUCAGCUACAGGACGUUUGGAGCCUUUCCUGUAGGGGUUCUGCUGUGUCUGGUUUUACACCAGGUUUAUCACCUGGGUGCCACCUGGUUUUGUCACUCUCCAAACUAAGCACAACUUGGUUUAGCAGGUAUAAAUUCUGUAGUAAGUCCUGCUCUCUUUUUUAGUGCCACUCUUUACUAAAAAAACCCCAAUCCCUCCUGGUUUCAAUCUCCUAUUUUCUGCUAUCCAUAGUGAAACAAAAAUUUAGGUCCCAAGUCAAGAUUGUUUUUUAAGGUGAACAGCUUUAAGAGCAAAACCUCCCCAAAGUUUAGCCAGUGUUUCCUGACACCUUUUAAGUUCAUAAUAAACACACACAGAAACCAAAAUCUUGACAACAUUGCCCUAACUACCUCAGGGAAGAGCUGCAGAAUUUCUCACAGUUACUACCUUUCCUUUCUUACUGUGAAACAUCAGCAAAACACCCUCCUUUUGGAACAUUUUCUCCA